AUGUGUCCAACUUCGACUAUCUGAUAAUGAUGCUGAAGAAUACGAAUCAUGGCAGGAGCUUAUGACUAAAAUAAAAGAAGGUAUAUUGACUAGCUUCGAUCAGCAUGUGAGCCAAUAUGAAGAAGACAUUCGAAGAUUUGAUUCGCAAAGAAGCAUGAUUGGCUGGAAUUAUUAUAGAGCACUGGCAUGGUUUGGUGAUUUUGGUGCCACAGACGUCAAAGAUGAUAGUGCCAAUAUAUUGGACGUUAAGAAAAAGCCUUAUCGUGACCUUAUGAGGCAGAAUAAAUUACCAGAGUUCGACUUUAGGUGCUAUCUUUUUGCAAGGCAAUGCCACUUAUUGGGGAGGUUACAAAGGCCAGUGGAUAUUU